AAAGAGGUUUCCACCUUUUCAAUUCCAAGUUUCCAACACCCUCCUCCUCAUCCUUUUCCAUUCCACCUUCUCAUCAGUUCGAUGAGUUGAGACUCACUUCUCAAAUCCCCACAACUCCAACCACCUCUCUCUGCUCCGGGGAAUCACAGCCGUCCGUUCAGGGGGGUUUGUCUGUGCUGGAGUCUGAGAGUGAGACCUCUGUUAUGGAUUGGACCGGUUUCAAGUGAAUUGCUUGCUGAUCUGGGUUUGCUUUUUUGGUCAGAUUUUCAGGUAAAGUUUGAAUCUUCGGUAAAUUGGAUUAAGAAGUUGUAGUUUUGUGGGGCUGUUUGGAUUUUGGAGUUUGAGAUUGUUGUGGGUUGAUUUCUUUGUGUCCAAUAAUGGAGCAAGAAUCACAGAAGAGAAAGCUUGAUGAGACUGGCAUUGAGUCCUCAAAUGCUCCCAUUCUUUGUGUGAAUAAUUGUGGGUUUUUUGGAAGUGCCAAAACUAAUGAUAUGUGCUCCAAAUGCUACAAGGACUUUUUACUAACACAAUCGGUGGAGGGUACCGCGAUUGUGGAGAAUAAGGUUGGGGAAGGUGGAAAAAAUGUGGUGAUCAAGUCCCAUGUUGAGCAAGUAGUUGAAGAAGUUAGACAGAGUCAAGUUGAAGAAGGGGCGACUUCGGAAAACCCAGAGAAGCGACCUGCAAAUAGGUGCAGCUUUUGUAGAAAGCGGGUUGGCCUCACAGGGUUCAAGUGCAGGUGUGGUGAUACAUUUUGCUCCCUGCAUCGGUACUCCAACUCGCAUAACUGCAUGUUUGAUUACAAGAGUGCAGGACAAGAUGCCAUUGCAAAGGCAAACCCUGUCAUCAAGGCUGAUAAAAUUGAUAAGAUAUGAUCGUUAAGACAAGCAUGGAGCGGAACUUGAGUGUCUGGUCGACUUCAUUUACCUUAUGAAGUAUUGCUGAGUAUACGUUGGUGUUUGACAUAAUAAGUUUAUAUUUUGAUAAUUAUUGCUUCUUGUGUAUAGUCUGUUGAUUGUGGUGUAGCCGAAUAAGAUUAGCUCUAGAACAAUUGGGUAAUUUAUAUCUAUGUGAUUUUCGUAUUCUCCAGAAUCUUAAUUCUAAAAUUUCAGCCCAUUUAUUGCA